UGAGCAAAUGGUACGGUCCCAGAGAACCUGUACAUAGACGGGGAGAGCGCAGCGCGUGAGAGGACAGCGCUCAUCAGCGGGAAUGGCGGAGACCGUACGAUCGCUAUUCGACUACCGGGAGCCGCCGACGCUGGACAGCGACGGAGAGACCAGCAAACCGCCGCCGCCGCGAGGACGUGGCUGUGGGAGGAAAAGGAAAGGGACACCGGUGAAGGUGUGCGACAGAGUCUUCGCCGCAGAGGAUGAGGAGAGCAUGUCUGAGAACAGCUAUGGACCAGAGAAAGGUGAUGGUCAUGAGGACAAACACAAAGUUCCUGCUGCUGAUGGACCAUACUAUGAAACACAAUCUGCUCAGCUUUGUCUGAGCGAGGAGGGCUCCAGUGGAGGAAGAGGGUCUGUCUCAUACCCCCCACCACCAAACUGCCGCAUUCGUGAAGUGCACUGUGGAAAUCAAGUGCGACUGAUCGUCAUAGCGAUCCGCGACAUCACUAAAGGGGAGGAGAUCACUGUGGAUUACAGUUUGACUGAGUGGGGAGAAAACGCUUUGGGUUUUCAUGGCACUGUGCCUCCCAGUAGCUUUGAUUGUAGCUCGGACCAGGAGAACCACGUUAAAAAGGAGGAAGAGUCCAGCCCAGUUCCACUCUCUCUUACUGUGACAAAAUACCUCACACCUUCCUGGUCCCUCUCUCCUUCCUCCUCUCACUCUGAGCCCAGCGAUUCAGACUCAGAUAAUGGCAACGGAAAGACCCGUACACGAACCCCUCACCGCCGUAAAAAGCACAAAUCCCUCUCGUCUCCGGCUGCUCAAGCCAAGAGAAAAGCAUCUCAGCAACCCUCCAGCCAUCCUGCUUCAUUUCCACACUCUGUUCCGACCUCCCCGCUGCAGCCCACUGCUCCCUCCAGACCUGUGUUUAAGAGCCCGACGCCUGCAGGAAUUCCGGCUAAGAGUGUCAGUGUGUCAGUGGGUCGUGGGCAAAGCACCGUGGCACAAAAACAGCGCUGUAUUUACUGUGGCCGUCACUUUCGGUGUCUCCCACGCCAUGUGGAAAAACAUCACUCCCACCUGCCGAACGUGCACAUUGUCCUGGAGCAGGCAAGGGCCUCUGGUACCCCUCCUUCUGCACAGUCACCUCUCCCAUCAACCAGCAAACAUCCCCAGGGCACCCAAGCAGCAGGUGUGGUAGUGGGAUCGCCACGAUCACAUCCCUCUUCAUCUUUAUCUCCAGUUAGAAAAAGCUCUGCUCUCGCUAGCCCUAAUCGCAAAAGUCCCACCCCAGCUCCGACUACUCCACCCAGGAGAGGAGGCGUUCCAGUAUCUGUUUUAAAGAGAAGCCCACCUACACCAGGUUCUUCUGCUAAAAAAGGAGGACGAAAAAUGAAAAAGGAGAAAGAGGAGGUAGAGAUAUUUGAGAAGACUAAAGAGACCGUGCCAGAUCCAGUGUUCGAGGACCAGAUGAAGGAGUCGGAACCUUCAAAACAAGAGGGAGAAGACAAUGGAGGAAGAGAAGAAGAAAGCGGAGCUGAGGAUAAGCUCGAUCUAUUAAGUUCAAGUCGUCCCCACAUGAUCCCGCUUCUUUCCUCCCUCUCUUCUCUGGUGUUAUACCUGCGGCGGCUUCAGCACUCCGCUUUCAUCUCUCUGUCCCGCUCCCUACAGUCGGCCGAGGCUUGGCGUCUCCUCUGUCACUCCAGCCUGGCUCUUCUCAUCCUUUACAACCGCCGGCGUGAAUGCGAAGUCUCCAAACUCACCAUCACCGAGUACCAGGCCCGCAUUACACAGGUCGUCCCUGGCUCUUCAGUUUCCCCGCCAGCUGUAACUCCACUUGAGGCCUCGCUAUCACCUUUCGAGCGGAUGGUCCUACCCCAUCUUCCUCGUGUCGGAGUCCAAGGGAAACGUGGCCGCGUGCAACCCCUCAUCCUCCCACCGCAUUCAGAAGCCUGUCUGGAGAUGCUUUUGCAGACUCGUGCAGGUGUGGGAAUCGAUCCACAGAACCCAUAUGUGUUCGCCCGACCGUUUCAUUCGCCAGCCACUCCUCUUCGCGGGACAGACUUACUCCGCAGCCUGGCUCGGUCCAGUGGGUCACGGCACCCGCGGGCACUGACGCAGACACGUGUUCGCAGGCAGGUGGCAAUACUUACACAGCUGCUGCUGCUAAGUGAGGGCGAGGAGGAAAGCCAACGCGGGGCUGCCAUAAAGAGAUUGGAAAGCUUCUUGGAGAAGGAAUAUCACGUGACUCAAAGCUGUGCAACCAUUGGCCAGGACCCUGGGUUGAUGGGCCUGAUUGGUCGGGUGGUACUAUGUGGAGAGAGAGACGGCGUCCUGUUCCGAGGAAUGAGUUUACAUCACAUCUGUCUAGAGUUAGAUGUGUUGUCAGGAAACUCUGCAGACUCGCUGUCAGACGAGUCUGAUGCUGAGCAGGGCAAAGAGAAACCAGAAGCUCCUGCAGCCACCACUAUGAUGAAGAAAACCACUGGCAACAGCAAAUCCCCUCGCUCCAAGAAGAUGAACGGCAGUUCCUCACACUCAACGGGACGCAAAAGGUCCUCAGGACAGUCCAAGCCUGGUAAACGUGGUGUACUGAAGCGGCCUUGGUCUGAAGCGGAGCGGGCAGCUGUCGAGACCCACCUGGUGCAAAACAUCAUGGAGCUGCGUGUGCCCGCCAAAGCAGACUGCGAGCGGUGCCUGGAGCUCUGCCCUCUUCUGGUCACCAACCACCGUGACUGGAGGGCUGUUAAAUUCUACUGCCACAACCGAAUACAGCUGCUGAAGAAAAGCCAGCAGAGGCAGAGUCCACCUUUGCUGUCCGUCUGCUGAGAGCCUAGUGGUCAAGAAAAAGCAGAUGUAGAUAAAAGACGUUAAGAGGUGCUAAUCGAAAAUAUCCAUAUGCUACAGUCACAGUACCAAUGCUUUAAUUAAUGUGAUGCUGAUUUUGUGUUCAGUGUGUGUAAAAGGGAAAAAAGGUACGAUGUCAGACUGAAUGCACACUUGUCUUGUGUACUUUUUGAAAAUACUGUUGCAGCUACAAUGAAAGAACACUAACUUUUUAUUUAUCUGCACAU